AUGUUCGACCGAUUUAUCUUUCCUGUGGUCUUUUGCUUACUUUUUGCAACUACUUUAUCGAUCAAUUGCUAUUUAGGCACCGAUAGACAAUGUUUGUUAAGAAAAAAUAUGACAGAUUGUGGUACCAAUGCGACUUGCCAAUGUGUGAGCUACCGUUUUACAUGUUCACAGAGUGAUGCAAAUUGUACUACAGACGAACAAUCGACAAGAGCCAAAAAAUGGGCAUAUAAAAUAGUUUCCAAAAGUGUAUGUGAAACUAUGAAAAAGUCAACAAAUGAUUUUUCUGAUGUGAAAUGUUGUUUGCGUAAUGGAUGCAAUCGACCUGAGUAUGGAAGAUGUUCACGGUCUCAAAGUCGUCGCCGAGCACUACGGAAAAUGGCUGAUUUGCUUGAUUUUUAA